UCAAAUACAAUCCUUUUUUCAGAAAAGUCGUCCAUUACUUCAUAGAUCAGUUUAAAUUGGAAUAAUUAACGUUAUGUCAACUUUGUGUUGAAACCAUAGAAAUGUAAAUGAUUAAUUCAAUAGUUUCGUGAUGAUCCAUGAAGAUUGUGAAAGUUUGAGGAAAUCAUUGUAGAUUAAUUUCUAAGGAGUGUGUAGAUGUACAAAAUUGGUACUUCAGCAGUUAUCAAAUAUUAAGGUUUCGAACUGACAUAUUUCCAAGAUGAAUAAAAGUGAAGAAACGAUAAUUACUGUCGAACCGAAUAUUAUCCUGAUGGAAAAUAUUGAAUAUAUAAUGGAGAAUAUCACACAUUUUGAGAUGGCACCUCGAAUAGAGGAUGUUUUCACAUCCAGUGAAUUGCGUUGUGGGCGUGCAGUUGGAAAUUCCUUUUCCUUCGUGAAUUUCUCGCAGAACACCGAUAUAAACAAUAAAAAUGCAAUGGAGGUUGCUACGAACAGUUCGACAGAUACGGAAAGUAAGAUUCCUACUUUCGAAAUCAACGAUUCUGAUGAAGACGUCAUUUUUGUCGCGGAAUAUAAUAAAGAAAACGUACAGAAUGAUUCGGAGGAAACUUAUAUCGUACCGUACUCUUGUCUUAUUCCACGUGAAGAUGACACAAGUUCCAGUACUACCAGUUCCGAUGCUAGCCCUGGCAUCAUUAGAUCGAAUGGGCCAAGACGAAACCCGACGAGAAAUGCAAGAAAUAAAAAGUAUAAGAAAAAAUGCAGCGAAUACAUCACUGAGGAAGAUCUUAAUGUGUUGAUGGCAAGUGAUGACGAUUCAGCAAAUAUUGAUAAGGUUGAUGAAGCUCUCCCUUGCUCCAAGGAAAUCCGUCCAAAGAAAGUUGUGGUGAAUAAUUGGCCCGCUGAAGGACUUCAUGAACGCCCCGAAUAUAACGAACAAACAGAAGAAAUAGAGAAAUUUGAUUUUUCAAUCAGACAAAUACAGAACUGUGCGAAAAAAGUGAAGACGGAAAAAGCAAAAAACUUGAAGACCCAGAAGAAGAAGUACGUCCCAAAAAAGUUCAAUUACCGAACCAAAAAAAAUAAGAACACAGUUAAGAGGAAAGAAGUUGAAACAGUGCCAUUUUCGGAAUUGAGUGGAUUAAUAAAUGACACUUUCGAUCAUUUGUUGCAAACAUUCAUAAAAACGGUAAAAGAUAGUAAGGUGAAAAAUUUGCAUGUGUGUUCUAAGGGGAAAGAUUCGCAUAAUUUAUGUUUGAAUAGUUAUGAUGAGUUACUCAUGAAUCAAAGUAGAUUACUCUUGCUUAAUGAAGAAAUUGAUUUCGAAGACAUAAACAAUAAGUUGAAAAAUGAGAUUGAUAUUUUUCGUAACUGAAAAUUAAGGAUUCUGUUUCAGUGAUAACUUUUUGAAAUAUUAUUAUUUUAUAAUCUGAAAAUCGUUCAUUACUUUUAAUCGUUUUGCUCACUUAUUAGUAAACUAUAUUUUCUAAUUUUUAACAUUUAUCCGUCUAUGUUUUUAACGAAAUUAAUUGUGAUAUAGAGAUUUCAUUUGUAAUAGGUCCCUUCAGAGAGUAUGUGAUGAGAAUGUAGCAAUUUAAUGCAGUUUUAUUAAUAAAUUUCAUUGUAAUUGGUGACAAGCAUUGUUAAAAUUUUUGUGUAUACAUACUUUCAACAUUGUAUGAGGACAUGUUAUACUUAUACAAUGCUUUUAAUCCAAUAAUGUAUGAUGGAAUGAAGACAUUUUUAAUCAUCUUAUUCAAAAAUCUGAUUGUUUCGAAAGAGUUUUCACAUGAUUGAUGGUUUAAUUUUUGAUCAAUUCAAAAUAGUCAUAACUCGAUGAGUUUAGUUGUUUAGUUAAAACGAUUUUGUAUUUAGGUUUAUUCGUUUGGUUCAUUUCAUUCCAGUUUAUUUUAUAAUAAAGGCCUGUAUAUAUAACUCGAUCAUUUUUUUCUUAUUUAUUUUUGAUAUAAUAGUAUCUUAGGUUGGAUUAAGCUUUUCUCAGCUAUACUUUUAUCAGAUAUACCGGGUGGCACACCCCAGACGCGUUUGAGAAUUAAUUAUGAUCACUCUGAGUUGCAAUUUUUUUUAUGUGUGGGAGUAGCCAACUUGUCUACUCGAAAAAAUACUGUUUGUAGCGCUGGCGUAACUAGUUUUUUCAAUAAUUGCUAUUUAAAAAAACUACAUAUUUUCAAUUUCUCGCCAUUAUCUCGUUAAGGGUGCUUCCAAGGUAUAAAGUGAUCUGAAGAAAGUCAUAAUAAUUUGAGCUUGCCAUGUCAUUUUUUAAGGUCAAAUACAGGGUAUUACGUUUAAAAAAGUGUAACUUUGGUCUAUAUUCUUGUUUUCGAACACUCU